AUGGAGGCAGACGUCCGUGAGGCGCUGGAAACAUCUGUGGAGUUUCUCCAGAGUGCCAAGGUAGUGGAGCUGAAAGUUGAGGCUCCUCGGACAGCGCUGCAGCUCUCCCCGAGGAAGAUGCGGCUCCUUCCCAUCGGCCGGUCCAGCCUGUCUCUGGCAGCGCUGGUUGAGGAACGGCUUGGAGACCUUUGGGCUCUGACUUCUUCUGUGAAAGACUCAGGUGUGAGCGUCGGUGGCCAGACCCUGGUUCUGCUGGAUUUGAGCGAUCCGGACGCCGUCGCUUUCCUCCGCAGGCGCCAGGAGCCGCAGGCUCUGCACGUGCUGGCGCUGCUUCCCUCCCUGGCCGCCAGCCGCGAUGCUUGGCAGCCCAUCGCGGAGCCGCUGGCACUGCUUGCGGGCAUCGGGGAGGAGGUGCUCGAGCUAGGCCUUGUCGCAGUCCUCACUCUGGGAACGGACGAUGCAGGUCUGGAUGUUGCAGAUGCCCUUUCCUUCCUUGAGGCUCUGGCCUCUGCCGACUUGGCGGCCGCAGCUUUCCAGCUGCAGCCGAGGCCACAAGCACACCUGGCGCUGCCGGCGUUCGAGGCUGAUGCGACACCAAUCCUGUGUGCAGAGAGUGCGGCAUUGGGAGAAGCAGAGGUGCUCGCCUCCUUCACGCUGUGGCCGUGCACAGGGGGCAGGAGGUUGCUGACGGAAACUGUCAUGCAGCACGACUUGCCGCCAAGCAUGUCUCGAGCAGGUGUGGCCUACAUGCCCUCUGAGCGAUCGACGUCACGCCCCCGUGUGUGGCACUUGACGGUGCAUGCGACUGCUGAGGCCCGCCUCUGCCGCCGGGCUGCUGGUGACUUUGGCGGACGUGCGCGCGGCGCCUUCGCCUGGCGUGGUGGCCCCGGGCCCAAAGCAGACCUGUGGGCGCACGCUGCCGCUCUGCUCGGUCAGCAUGACAGCUCUCAACGCGAGGAGGAGUCGGAGGAGUCGUGCUACAGCGAGGAAUACGAGCAGGAGGAAGACCAGGAGAGCGAGGGAAGCAUGGAGAGCGAACAAGACGAUGUCAGCGCGGCAUCGGCGCUCUCGGGCAGUCAAAAGAAACGUAGAUUCUUGGAAUGA